GACGAAGAAUCAAAUUGGAAUGAGGACACUAUACUUCCUUAGAUUACGCCAAUGUAAUCUCAGAUAUGGCAUGACUCGUGUAUGGCGGUUUCCGCUAAUCUGACGUGUACAAAAGUCAAACCACACGACCAGUUAUAGGUUAGGCGCGUGGAGAUCGAAUCCAUAUUUUCGUUGUAACAAGAUUACAAAAGAUGUUGGACCUUUUUACGAUAUUCAGUAAGGGUGGAAUUGUACUCUGGUGCUUCCAAAGUACCUCGCAAAUCUUUACGCCUAGUGUCAAUGCCUUAAUACGUAGUGUCAUCCUACAGGAACGAACUGGAACUCAUUCCUUUGAACAUGAUGCUCUGCGUCUCCAGUAUAAGCUAGACAAUGAAUUUGAAUUGGUUUUUGUUGUGGCAUAUCAAAAAAUAUUACAACUGUCAUAUGUCGACAAGUUUUUGAAUGAUGUUCAUCUGGAGUUUAGAGAUCGUUAUAAAAAUCAAUUGCAAAACUCACAGUGGUUUUUGGACUUUGACUUCAAAAAGAAUUAUGAUCGUAUACUUGAUGCUGCUGAACAAUGGGGAAGGACUCAGGCUAAAUUACCCAAGCAAAUGCGCACCUUUGAUGAAAGUUUUAAGUCUAAAAAGACAGUUGCUAGUAUGAUUGAGAGAAAGGAUGACAAGGAUACUAAGAAACAAGGCAAGAAGAAAAAAGGGACCAAUGCCAAUGAAGAUAGUCAAAUGAAAAUACAAGAACCUCUAAAGCCAGAGCCACCUAAACCAGCAAAUAAUCAAAAUGGUGAACUUGAUGAGGAAAUUUUGAUGGCCAAUCGUUUAAAACUCGCGCAGAAGCUUACUGGACAAAAGAAAAAGGCUGAAAAGCAAAAAAGUCCAAAACCUGAAAAAGCAGGCAAGAAACCACGAGUUUGGGAAUUGGGUGGUACCAAUAAGGACCUGGCAAAUCUAGAGCGUACUAGGGAUAAGCCUGAAGAAAGUGGAGAUUAUGUGCCAGCUGAUACAAACAUGAUUGGUCAGAUGAAGGGUGGAAUCCGCGAUUUGGAAGUAGAAAGUGAGUCCGAGGAGGAUUCGGAUGAGCCUGAAGUUGAAAUUGAAAAUGAGAAACCUCAGGUGCAAAAGAAAUCCGGUGGAAUGUUUGCUAUGUUUAAAAGUCUCGUUGGAAAUAAAUCCUUGAGUUCUGAGGACAUGCUCCCAGUUCUGGACAAACUAAAGGAUCAUUUAAUCUCUAAGAACGUGGCAACCGAUAUAUCCAGAAAACUUUGCGAUUCCGUCCGUGUAAAACUCGAGGGUAAAGUACUGGGAACAUUCGACAGCGUCGCCAGUACUGUGAAAUCUACACUGACUGACGCCUUGGUGCAAAUUCUAUCACCAAAGCGUCGAGUGGACAUUCUUCGCGACGCAUUCGAAGCCAAAAAAAACAGCAGACCCUACGUGAUGACUUUUUGUGGCGUAAAUGGCGUCGGCAAGUCUACGAACCUGGCAAAAAUCUGUUUCUGGUUGAUUGAGAACAAUUUCCGUGUCUUGAUCGCUGCGUGCGAUACAUUUAGAGCUGGUGCAGUGGAGCAGCUAAGGACGCAUAUGCGUCACCUGAAUGCUUUGCAUCCUCCUGAGAAACAUGGUAAUAAUACCAUGGUCCAGCUCUACGAGAAAGGUUAUGGAAAAGAUGCGGCUGGUAUUGCGAUGGAGGCCAUCCGCUUUGCGAAAGACUCCAAGAUCGAUGUGGUGCUCGUAGAUACGGCUGGUAGAAUGCAGGACAAUGAGCCGCUCAUGCGGGCUCUGGCUAAACUGAUUAAAGUGAAUGAGCCGGACUUGGUGCUCUUUGUCGGAGAAGCCCUCGUCGGUAAUGAAGCCGUCGAUCAGCUGGUUAAAUUUAACCAGGCAUUGGCUGACUAUAGUAACUCCUCCAAUCCUCAUAUGAUUGAUGGUAUUGUACUGACCAAAUUUGAUACCAUUGAUGACAAGGUGGGUGCAGCUAUUUCUAUGACAUAUAUCACUGGACAGCCAAUAGUAUUUGUUGGAACUGGUCAAACUUAUACGGAUUUAAAGUCUCUGAAUGCUAAAGCCGUCGUUCAUGCUUUGAUGAAGUGAAAGCUGUUUUGCGUAAUUAAGUCGUGGAUGUAAUGCGUCAUUGGUUAUUGAUUGGAGAAUUAAUGGAUACGCGAUUCCAAAAAUACUUAAUGCGGAUAUCGGGUUUAUUCGAAAGGGUACAAGAAACAUAAAGCCGUCGCCUUAUGAAAGCGACAGCAGAUGUAAGACACUACUUUUUGCUAAACCUUAAAAUCGUCUUAACGUCAUCUAUGGUACGCUUUAUUUAUUGUAUAGAUAGCUAUAUCGAUGAAUUUUAUAGAAAAAUUAAAGAUUAUGAAAAAAAAUGGA